AUGUCGAUAUUUGUCGAUCUGGAGUUGAUGGGAACGGUCACGCUUGGCUUUAUUGCUUGGCUGCCUUGGCACAUCGACGAGGCCAAUGUUCAGGGCGUGAUUCUUAAGCCGAGAAUGUCAUCUCGGAGUGAUCUGGACCUCCCCCACCCUCCUUUGGUGUCCAGAUUGUUAGAGAAAGACGGAGAGGGAGCGAAGAUUGACCUGCUUCUGCAAAUUUUAGGGCUCUCGUUACUGGCCACGCAGACUGUUCGGGUCGUCUCUGCUACCAAGUCCGCCAGCGUCUACAACUACCCUCUCGGUUCGAAAGCAAAUUACACCUUUGCCUUGAACAUUCCUGAUGGAUCCAAUGAUCUGCACUUUCAUCUCUCGGGCCCAGCGAGCUAUAGCUGGAUUGCGGUCGGAACAGGAGAUGAGAUGGCAGAUUCCAUGAUGAUUUUGGUUUACUCGAGUGCAGAUGGCAAGAAUGUAACCGUGAGUCCUCGGCUGGCUUCCGGGGAACAGGAGCCGGAGUAUUCGUCUUCGAUCGACGUGACUCUGCUCGAGGGGACUGGCCUGGCCAACAACAUAAUGACCGUCAACGCCCGAUGCAACAAUUGUACCACGUGGAAGACGGGAUCUCUAGAUCUACAGUCCUCUUCUCAGCCAUGGAACUUUGCCCUGGGUCCCACGGGCAGCAGUGUCCGUUUACUACGCAGUGAUUCAAAGACCGCCAGCAUCGAACGACAUUCGAAAUACGGUGUCUUCAAGAUGGACAUGGUCCACGCCACUGGCGGAUCCGACGGCCUUCCGUCUACCUCCUCCUACGCCCAAUCUCAGGGCACCGAGUCCGAAGAAUUCACAUCCGACAGCAACUGGCCCAGCAUCAUCCAUGCCCUCGCCGCAUGCAUCGCAAUCAUCUUCCUCUUCCCCUUCGGAGCCAUCCUCCUCCGAGUCUUCCCCCAAAGUGUACGAUGGCACUGGGUCAACCAGACCCUUUCCACCGGCAUUGCCAUCCUCGGCCUCAUCCUCGGAUUCUAUCUUAGCACCCAAUUCACAAAGUCGCAGUCCUGGAACUCAACCCAUCAAAUCAUCGGCAUCAUCAUCCUGAUCGCCAUCUUGCUCCAGUGGGGGAUGGGUUUCUGGCACCAUCUGCAGUAUAAAAAGACCAAGGCCCCGACUAGAUUCGGUGCUGUGCAUCGCUAUUUCGGAUUCAUUGUUAUUCUCCUGGCGAUUGUCAAUGGUGGAAUUGGGUUGGAUUGGUCGUAUGCGUCUACAGGGGCGAUAGUCGGGUACUCUGUUGGGGUCGCGGUCGUCAGUCUGGUUUUCGUGGGACUUUUGGUGUGGGCAAGAUUGAAGCCUCGAGAUGGUCGGAAGGGGUUCCGACGGCAGGAGGAGGAGGAGUUGUCUGAGCGAACGCCGCAGCGGUGGUGA